GGCUCUGGCUGUGUUGGACAGGGUGCUGUCUAUAGACAGACAGGGCCAGUGGCUGGUGUACCUGUGUAACAGCGGGUACCUGCGUGUGCUGGUUGAGAGCUUGAGACAGGACGAUGUGGCCCUGCAAACUCUGCUCACACCUCAGCCUCCACUGCUCAAACCACUCUACAUCUAUGAGUCCAAAAUGGCACUGCUUGACCCGUGUGGCUAAGACAGCACAGGGUGCGAUGGAGCUCCUGCGCUGGGGGCUGGUCGCUCAGCUGGUGGAGUGUCAGGUGUUUCACAUGCUCCCUCAGAAUGUCACGCUCAGAGUGUUUGAGCAGAGAGAUCCAUCAGGGUUUAUUCCUAGUCCUCUAGAGCGAUACAGACAGAUCCUGCUGCCUACCCUCAGACUGAUGCAGGUCAUCUUGACCUCCACCACCACGCAUCACCAGCAGGGGGCGGCACGGGUACUUAAACAUCCAAGAAAUGCUUCCUCUGAAACGGGCUGA